AUGAAGGCCAUAAAAAUUCCAAAUACUGCUCUUCUUGAUGUUUUUGGACGACCAAUUUCAAUAAAUAGUAAAGAUUUUCAUCGAUUAUCUCAUUCAGGUCAUUUUGAUAAAAAUUCCAUCAGUAAUCAUAAUGAACCGAACAGCAAAGGUUUGAAUCCAACUGGUCCUAAUAUCAAACCAAAUGAUGCUCAUCGAUUAACUGUCAUCGGAGAAACUCCUCUUCAUAUUGCUAUUUUUUAUAAUGAUAUUAAUUCAGUUAAACUUUUAAUAAAACAUGGUUUUGAUGUCAAUCAACGUGUUAUUGGAGAUUUUUAUCCUCCUGGACAAAGUCGAAAUAAACAGGAAACAAAAACAGGUCGACAAAAUGCAACUAGACGAUUUUUUUAUCGGAAUGAAACAUCACAAAAACAAAUCAGUCUAAAAAAUGCGAAUCCUGAAACUAAUGCUUAUUAUGGUGAAUAUCCAUUAGCAUUUGCUGCUGCAUUCAGUUAUAAAGAAAUUUAUGAUUAUUUAAUUGAUAAUGGUGCUGAUCCAAAUAUGCAAGAUACGUAUGGAAAUACUGUUUUACAUAUGCUUGUCAUUCGAGAUCGAUCGGAAAUGUUUAAUCAUGCUAUUCGACAUCCAGUAAAAAAAGCACUUACAGAUAUUCGUAAUAAUGAAGGGCUAACUCCAUCAACAUUAGCUGCUAAACUUGGUCGAAAAGAACUUUUUCUUCAAUGCUUAGAAUUAUCUCAUGUGGAAAUUUGGCGUUAUUCAAAUAUAAAAUGUUGUACAUAUCCACUACGUGGUAUUGAUACAAUCACAGAUGGUGGCCAUAUCGAUUGGAAUUCUUCAUUAAUGUCAAUUGUUAGUGGUAAAACGGAAAAUCAUUUAGAUAUGCUUGAUAAUAUGCUUAUUGAACGUUUAUUAAAUGAUAAAUGGUCAACAUUUGCUCGAGUUCAUUUUGUUCGACAAUUAGUAUUACUUUGUACUCAUUUAUUUUUUUUAAGUACAGCAAUAUUUUUACGUAAUCCAAAAGAUGAUCAAUCGUUAGUUAACAGAAUUUUUUGUCAUAUUGCUGAAGUAUGUGUAUUAGGUGGUUGUAUUAUCAGUAUAUUUGCAUUAUUAGCAAAAGAAAUUUAUUUACAAGGUUUUAAUUCUUAUAUACAAAAUUUAAAAAGUUAUCCAGAAAAAUUACUUUAUCAAUGUUCAUGUAUUCUUAUUGUUCUAGCUAUACCAUUUCGUAUACUUUAUUUAAUAACAAAAAAUAUUACAUUUGGUUAUGUUGAAGAUGGCCUUGUAUCACUUGCUGUGCCUGGAACAUUUUUAUAUUUUCUUUUUUUCGGACGAAUUUAUGCCUUAACUGGUGCAUUUAUUGUUAUGAUAUUUGAAAUGAUUACAGGAGAUAUUGCAACAUUUGGUGUUAUUUAUGUUAUUGUAAUAACAGCUUUUGGCCAAGUUUUUUAUCUCCUCUUUCGAGAUACAACUGAAGGUGGUUAUUGUGAACGACUAGCACCUAAUGAUACAUGUGGAGUUGAUAAUAUGUGUUCAUUUAAAAGUUUUGAAGCUUGGAUGACAAUGGUUCAUUUUACAAUGGGAGAAUUUGACUUUUCUCGUUUUGAUUUAACACAUUAUUCAUAUUUAGUUAAAAGUUUAUUUAUUGUUUUUAUGAUUUUAACACCUAUACUUUUAUUAAAUAUGUUAAUUGCUUCAAUGGGUAAUACAUAUCAACGUAUUAUAACAAUUAGUGAAAAAGAACGUAUUCGACAGUGGGCUCAACUUGUCUUAACUAUUGAAAGAUCUUGUUCAGCAAAACAACGAUUUGAUUAUCAAGGUGUAUAUGCUAUAGGUGCUGAUGAUAAACGAGAUAUAAUGGUUAUUAAACGUGUUACAAAAAGUAAAGCAGCUCAACGAAAAGGAGCUAUUAGUAAUUGGAAGCGAGUAGGAAAACUUGUUCUAUAUUUAUUAAAAGAACAACAAACAACAGCUGAAUAUGUUCGUCUUCGUCGUGUAUCUCAUCAAUCGGUUGUUCUUAAACCUAAAGCACAAUUUGAUCAUAUGCUUGAAACACUUGCUUGGGAACGUGAUAUUGAUUUAUCAGGACCGAAAGCUUUAUCAGCAUCCAAUCAAAAUCUUAAUUUAGCUUCAACACAAAAUACAGCUGAGUUAAAUUCAAUAGAUUCUCGUCCGUCGUCACCACCACCACCACAAUUUGUAACUAAUGAAUAUCCAGCACCAUCAUCAAUUCCACAACGAUUAACUGGUAAUUGUAAACCAAUUCGUCGUUCUGAAUUAUCUGAACUUCGUUCUCGACCAUCAUUUGUUGAUUAUGAAGAUUUAGAAAUAUUUCAUCAUAAACGACCAUUAACACGAGCACAACAACCAAUACGAAGAGUUUCUAUGAUGCCUGUUGAUGCUGAUGGUUAUAAAGAUUUACUUUUAGAUUUUGAUAAUAAACGAAAACAAUCAAAUCAAUUUAUAUCUCGUGGUACAUCCAAUACAAGUAUUAAAUCAAAAAUAAGUGAAACAACACUUUGCUAG